CGCCAGCAGCCAGUCCGUCUCGCUUGCAUAGACUAGCGCAGUAGUGUACAAGCGGGGGUGUGUGUGUUUGUGUAUAAAACAUAGAGCAUGGGUUCCCUGCCGCAGGUGUCGGUGGUGGCGGGCGGGCGGGCGGCGGUUCCCUUCGCCCCGCUCACGCACCACCUCAACAUGGCCGCCAACGACAGAACCGCCUUGGUGUAUGCUGAUGAAACUUGCAACGUGCGGGUCAGCUACGCGGAGUUGGAAGGAAGAAGCAACGCCAUCGCCCGCGCCAUCGCCGCUCACGCCCGGCCCAGCGGCCCCAACCGGGACGGGGACCAUGUCAUAGCUGUGUGCAUGCAGCCCACACACAACACAAUAAUGUCCCUGGUGGGUAUCUGGAAGUGUGGGGGGGCGUAUCUCCCCAUGGAGCCCAGUUUCCCCGCCAACAGGAUCGCGCACAUACUGGGGGACGCGCAGCCUUCGCUUGUUAUAUACGAUGAGACUGCCAACGCAUCCAUGUUCACAAGCAGCGGUGUCCCAGCGGUGUCCUUCGAGGAGCUGUCCCUGGAAGCGUCAGCUUUGCCAGCAGACCGCCUCAACGAGUUGGAGGUUCUGGUGGAACAGGACGCCAACAGCAUCGCCAUCAUACUGUACACUUCGGGCAGCACGGGGAUACCUAAAGGUGUAAGGAUACCAUACUCGGCAAUCUGCAAUCGUCUCUGGUGGCAGUUCCAAACCAUGCCCUACGUGGAUACAGAGACCACGUGCGUUUGGAAGACCGCGCUGACGUUUGUCGACUCUGUCUGUGAGAUUUGGGGGCCGCUGCUCCAUGGCAGAUGCCUGCUCAUCCUGUCCAAAGAGACCACGAGAGACCCACAGAAGCUAGUCAGGGUUUUGGCUGAGCAUCGGAUACAUCGUCUAGUCCUCGUGCCGACACUCCUCAAAUCCAUUCUCAUGUAUCUCUCCCUGGACCCAUCAAGCAGACCCCUCCAACAUCUCAAGCUCUGGGUCUGUUCCGGUGAAACUCUCAGCAAAGAUCUAGCAGCUCAGUUCUUCAGAUACUUCGGUGAUCAGAACGGGUUCAAGCUGGCCAAUUUCUACGGCAGUACUGAGGUGAUGGGUGAUGUGACAUACUAUGUUAUGGAGAAGAUGUGCCAGUUGGAUAUGUUCUCGACUAUACCUAUAGGCACUCCCCUCAACAACUGUGCGGUAUACUUGCUGGAUGAGGAGAUGAACCCAGCGAGGCAGUCGGAGCCUGGCGAGCUGUGGGUGGCUGGAGCCAACCUCGCUCAAGGCUACGUGGGGGGACAGGCGCCGGAGAAGUUCUGUGAUAACCCUCAUGCUGCUCAUCCAGGCUUUGGACGUCUAUACCGUACUGGGGACUUCGGUAUACUGGAGAAGGGUGUGAUCUUGUUCGCCGGCCGUACGGACUCCCAGGUGAAGAUCAGAGGACACAGGGUGGAUCUCCAGGAGGUGGAGAGAGCUGUGUCUGCAGUGCAGGGUGUUGAUAAAGCUGUGGUUCUAUGCUACGGUCUGGCAACUGGCAACCCUGAGAUCCUGGCCUUCGUGACCAUCAAACCGGACGCCAGGAUGGCUGGACACCACAUUGAGGCGGCCUUGAAGAGUUCUCUCAUACACUACAUGAUCCCUCAGGUGCUCGUCAUAGACACAGUACCUCUGCUGGUGAACGGCAAAGUCGAUAGGCAAGCGCUGCUCAAGAUGUAUGAAAACACAAAUAAUAAUGACGAUUCCACCAUACCCCUGGACAUCGAUUACACGGGUGUAGAGGCAGGCCAGGAGGAGGCGGCCAGGGUGCUCUUCGAGACAGUGGGCGAGGUGCUCGGGCGGGCGGCGCGCGGAGCCCUAUGUGUGGCCGCCAACUUCUACGAGCUGGGAGGGAACUCGCUCAACUCAGUGUACACUAUCACCAGGUUGCGAGACAAGGGGUAUUAUAUUGAAAUAAGUGACUUCCUCAACGCGUCUAACUUGGGCGAAGUACUCUCUCGUCUGACCACCAACCCCGACGAUGCCGACGAGGAUAACGAGAACAAGUUUAAAGUGGAGACCAUGAGGGACGAACAUAAGGACCAUGUGUUUGAAAUGAUAGUAACCUCGUUCUACGAGAAGGCCGAGCUAGAACAGUGUCUUCUCAACGAGAUCCAGAAACAGGACUAUGCGCUGUGCCUGCAGGCGUGCUGGGCGCCGCUACUGACAGCUGGGCUGAGCAGAGUGCUCACUGAUGCCAACGGAACACCAUUAGCCGUGGCUCUCAACUUCGACGCUCGUGACGAGCCGGAAGUGGAGUUGCCAGGCGGGCUGGGCAAGAUCAUGGCCUUCCUCGAGUAUGUAGAGGGCUCAGUUAGAGACACCAUGCUGCCGGAGGGGAAAGGCACAAUCCUCCACUCCUUCAUGAUGGCCACGUCAGCGUCGUUGUCCCCGCAGGAGAACGUCCUCGCCAUCCGGGCGUUAGAACUGGCAACGGAGCAGGCGGCGAGAGAGAGGCGGUUUCUAGGAGUGUUCACUACUAACACCAGUCCGCUUACACAGCAACUUGGCAGAGAUGUGCUCGGUUUCCAAACGCUAUUGGACUACCAAGUGAACCAAUACGUAGACUCAAACGGCGUGCGAGUUUUCGGCCAAGCCCCUGAUGAUAUGAGAGCAAUAGUUUGCUGGAAGCCAAUAGAAUCUCACUAGAAUAAGUUAUCUGUAGUAUAUUAAGGUGUAAGGCAAAAAGUGACCCAAAAUUGCUCUCUUUUGAAGGUGUGUACGCAAUUUAAGUUUGAAGUUUUUCAUGUGAAAGGUGUGUUACAGCCUAUCCUCAGCUUAGAAAUUAUUAGGCCUAUCAAAAGCUAUGGAUUAAUAUUAUAGCUUUUAAAGAUGAGAUUGGCAGUUAAAGUACAAAUUAUAGGGAAAGGCAUAUAGCUUGAUGUUGUAUUUUUUGAUUCUAUCAUUUAAAGGGUUGAAAAUGUAAUAUAUUCUGUCUGUAAAGUCUUGUAAAUAGGACAGAUUAUUUUGCUGGUAACUACAUGAUAUAUUGGCUAGAUAUAUUUUUUCCUCAUUAUGAUUAUCAAAGUAUAUUUCAAGCGUAUAUGCUAGCCCAGUGAUGAAAUUUUAUCUGUGAUAAAGAUAUUUGGAUACAUUGAUUGGAAACCAAUGCAUACAGUAUUGUGAUAUGAAAGAUGCUAAAUUGUACAAUUUUUAUAAACCAAAAAUGUAUUUUUUUCUUGGCUUAGAGUAGAAAAUACUCAUAUAGAAAGAAAAGAAAUAAAACGAAAUUUACAUUUUAUUGUUAAUAUUGUAUUAUAUUACCUACCAUGUGUUAACUGUGUUAGUUGAAUCAUAGUUAGCAUAAUUUUGCCUUGGCUGACUAAGAUGAUCUAUUGUAGAAAUCAGUUUUGUAAAAUUAUAAUUUGUAGGAUGAGCUCAAACUAUGAUAUUUUAGUUAAAAGCUAGUGGCUAUAAUGUUUUCUCAACUAUAUAAGUAAUGGUUGGAAGUUUUAAAAUUGAGUCUCAAAUAUUUAAACUGGUUUAAAUAGUUAAUAUAAGUGAGAUAGGUUUCUUUCCAGUUGUAGAUAGACUAGAAUUUGAAGAAAUUUAGUAUUUAUACUUGAAUAAUUACUUAUUUUAUUUUUAUAAUUUCGA